AUGAUGAACUCCGUUCGCCAACCUAGAGCUCAGCUAGACGAUAUCGUCAAAGUCAAGCAGAGCCGUCCUAUAUGCAGAGACCUACAGCCCGGCGACGAGUAUGAUGAACUGAAUACUAUCGGAAUUGAAAGUCUCAGAGAUGAUUGUGGAUACUGUCGUAUUCUCGAGUCGGCCAUGAAUAGUAUUGUUGAUGAACCAACAACUCAGCUUUUUGUGCACAGCAAAGAAGGCGAGCCCAUUAGCGUUGAGUACUUCUAUGAGAAGGACCUAGACCCCGAGGAUACCUAUGCGAGCAAGGCCGGGUUCAUCAUCUAUUCUCACGACAAGUCUCAGCUUAUCCCUGGCCUUGGAAUCCUUGGCGCAUAUCCCGAAUCUACCGAACUCGGUGCAUCUGUAAAUUUCAUCAAUGUACAGAUGUUAGAAUGCAGCACCAAACACGAGUCAUGCAAAAAACAGCUCGAGUCACCGCUUCCAACACGUGUCGUUGGUGUUGGCUCUUCUGACACAGACAUCAGGCUUGUCGAAUUAAAGGAUGUCCCGGCACAAUACGUGACAUUGAGCCAUUGCUGGGGCGGUAAGCAACCACUCAGGACAGUUACAGCCAACAUCGACGCCAUGAAAAAGUCAAUUGAUGUAGACUCUCAACCGAUUGUCUUCCAGCAAGCUGUUCAGAUUGUUCGGGCGCUGAACAUCGAGUAUAUAUGGAUUGACUCGCUCUGCAUCAUUCAAGACAGCAAGUCGGACUGGGAACUCGAUUCUUUUCAAAAUGUGCGAUUACUACGAAAACUCCUUCUUGACUAUCUCAACAGCCACGUCACCAAAUUCCACCGUCCCAUUUCUCGGCCCACGAGACAAGCGGUGCGCAUACCGAAGGAGCCAGAAGAAGAAGGAAUGAUUUUCACGCGGGCUUGGACAUGGCAAGAGGCUGCCAUGUCAUCGCGCACUAUUUAUUUCACGCCGUCAGAACUCAUUUGGGAGUGUUCGGAGCAUGUUGCGCCGCAAAGAUAUAUACCCGAUCUUGAGACAUCUGAAAGGCUGGGCUUUUCUAAGCUCUUGUCUAUUCUGAGAUUCAGCUUGAAUUUGGAUAUGGGUCGCGAUAUCGACAGUCCAGUGAGAAGCGGUAGUGACAGUAUCCCGAGCAGCGACAGUCCCAUUGGCAUACCUCCGACAGGCUUUGAUUCUGCAAUGUCGUCAAAUUCUUUGGCGCCCUCGCGACCUGAUAGCCCCAGCUCCAUCUCUUCCGAGGCCAACAUGAUGAAUUUUGUUUGGGAUAUGUGGGAUGAUUUGGUGACAUACUACUCACGUCGUCAUCUCACCUUCGUCACUGAUAAAUUGCCGGCACUGAGUGGCGUCGCUUCUCGUGUCCUUAAAAUCACAAAGUCCCGUUAUCUUGCGGGCAUGUGGGAGGAUAACCUUGGUAUCGAGCUAUGUUGGUCCAGGGCAUAUAGAGAGUACCAGGACUUGCCGACCAUUUCCGCCGAGUAUGUGGCACCCUCAUGGUCAUGGGCCUCGAUACCCGGAGUAGUGAAAAGUCGCGUCGAGAGAACGAUCAGUAUCUUUGAACCCAGCUUCACAAUCAUUGAAGCCAACUCUAAUGUCUCAGGGCUCAACCCAUUCGGCAGGGUCACUGCUGGCCAUCUUCUCAUGAGAGGACAGAUCGCUGAGGCGGUGUUAACCUGCGAUGACCCUCAAACAAGCGUCUUUUAUAAGAUAUCUGGGCCUACAGAAAAAUGGGAGUUUUCUCCCGACAGCAUCCUGGUCUUGGAUGACAACCAUUUGUUAAGGGCUAAGCAGGAUGCGAAGGCUUCCAAGUUUACGGCCAAGGUUUAUUGCCUGUACAUUGGCUCGACUUACUCUAAUCGAGGCGACGAGAGUGACAGGGAACAUUUCAUUCGCGCCGUAAACAGUCCGCUUUGCGGUGUGCUAACAUUCUCGAAACAUAUCAGCAAAGUGAAUAUCUUUGGGGUCGCAAUUCUUGGCGCCUGCAAGUCUGUUCACAUCUUUCAUAAAUUCUCUUCGCGGGUCAUCAACCAUCAGCUCGAUACCAACGCUCCCCUUCAUACACAGCAACAAAUCACAAACGAAACGAGGAUGAGUUUAAUUAAUAGCGUUCUCGCCGUCCUACCAAAUGUCCCAUUCCUUCCUCCGGGACCUCCAGCGAACGAGGAUGCAAAGAAACAGAAGAGUCCACUGGACCGCUUCUUGGGCACACCAUCGAAAGAAAAGAAGCACGCCACACCAACAGCUUCUGAGAACCGCGAUCGAUCAUGA